AUGGGUGUCUGCGCCUCCUGCCUUGGCGGGGCUCGCAAUGACUCUCCGGAGCCAGAGUCUUCGCGCCUGCUCGACGACGACCCUUACCAGGCGGGGUAUGGCUAUGGUGCCCUGAAUUAUACCCAACAGGCGAACCAGCCGGAUCCGGAAUACGUGAGACGCGAGAGGGAAGCGCUGGAUGCUAUCUGUCAACGAACGUCAGACUCCGUUAUCGACAUCUGGUCCCUCCAACCACAAUCUCAUCUCCAACCCCAAGCAACCCUCCACGCGCCUGCCUCCGCAUCGCCCUCGCCUAACCCGAAUGAGUCGCACCUCACCGUCACUUCCGACCACGCUUCGCAAUCAAGCCGUCCCGCAUCUCGCGGUACUGUGCCGAAACAUUGGGGCGAAGUCGUCGUGAACCCCAAGCGGUCCCGCUCGGAUAUCAAGACCGACGCCAAUGUCAAGGCGGACCGUGAUGUUUUCGGUGUGCUGAAGGUUAACUAA